AUGGUAGGUUACUCUGCUUGUGAUAAUGCGUGCUGCUGCGCAGUGUCAGCUAACAGCUCUCAGUCUCUAUACUCAACCAACUCCAACGACGUCGCAAGCACUACCACCGACUCCCCUCUGAUGGGCGAGCAUACCGCCACCGGCGACCUCCCAAUGAGAGACACCCAGCACUCUCCAGACAUGCUUCCCAUGCUCGAGAGGGAUCUGGGAGAGCAGAGUCUUCCGAUGCGACAUAAGCUUUGCCAAAGUGAUGGAAGUGACCGUCCUAUGCUUGAGAAAAGUUUGGGUGAGCAAAGUCUCCCCAUGAGACAUAUGCAAGGCGGCAGUGACAGCAGCAACUUUCCCUUGCUGAAGAAGGACCUGAGUGAUGCAAAUCUUCCUAUGCGACAGAAGCAGAGACAAAGUGAUGGUAUCCACACUUCCAUGUUCAAGAAAGACAUGAGCGAUCGAAGUCUUCCUGUGAGGCAUAAGCAAAGCCUCAGCAGCGGUAGUAUUCCUACUCACCACGAAUCCCCGGAAACUCCUCAGCUGGUCAGCGACUUCACGACCGAUAAUCUUCCCAUGCGCGACGUGCCGUUCGCACCAAUGGACCUGCCUAUGCUCGAGAAAGAAUUUGCCGCUGACGCUCCAAUGCCAAAUAAACCCAUCCCUGACUCCGGCUUUGACACCGACAUGGACGCUAAAGCUCCCAUGCUCGCCAAGCCUAUGACCAGCACCAGCUUCGACACAGAUCUGGAGAAAGGAGCUUCAAGCGACGAAGUUCUCUAUAGUGCAGUCCGACCCAGCAAACCGCCAUCGACGGUAGAGUCAACAAAAGCCUCCUCGUUCAAGAUCCAGCGACGGGGUUGGGGUCCAUUUGUUUUGUUUCAAAGAAAACUAUCACAAAGAAAACUAAUUUCCCCAACUCCAAACGACGAAUCUGUGGAUUGUCGGUGUUUGCGUUUAGUUGUGUUAUUGCAGGUAUUGUUAUCGUUCUUGUCGUUGCUCUGGGCGCGGGGCAUGGAGCUGGAUUAA